AUGAACAACUCAUUCAUUGAUUUAAUUAAAGACAUAAAAAGAGAUGACAGCUUAAAAAAUGUGGAAAGGAAUUAUCAAAUAUGUAUAAAUAAUUUAAAGGAUUUAGAAAAAAAAAAACAAAAUGAUAAAAUAUUUCCAUUUAAUAAUGUAAUCAAAGAAAAGUCCUUUAUCUUAUUAAAAUUAUUAUACCUUCAAAUGUUUGGGAAAAAAAUAGAUAAAGAGUAUAACUUUUCAGUAAUAGAAAUAUUAACAUGCAAUAAAUAUAUAUUAAAAAGACGAGCUUUUUUAUUUCUUAAUAAUGUAAAUGAUAAUGAAGAUGUUAUAUUUUUAUUAAUUAAUUUAUAUAAAAAAGAAUUACAUAAAGAAAAUAUAUCUAACACACCAUUGGGGACAAAAACAAGAGUUUUAAACUCAUUAACAAAUAUAAGUACAUCCAUAAUUAAAGAUAAUCUUACUAUGCUAGCAAAUACUUAUAACAAUUAUGGAAAUAACGGAACAAAUUCAAAUGCAGGACCUCGAAAUUCUACAGCUACUGUAACAUCAGGUUCAAAUUUUGUAGCAAAAGAAAAUGGAACAUCUCAUUUUCAAUUUAAUAAUAAUAUAGAAAAAUAUUAUAAAAUUAUUAAUACUACAUUAAUUUUAAAUAGUAUAAGCAAUAUUUGCACCGACAUAAUGAGUAAUAAUUUAUAUAAUGAUAUAUUUAUGUUAUUAAAUAGUUCAUUUAUGUAUAUAAGAAAAAAAAGUAUAAUAAGUUUUUAUAGGCUUGUUAUUUGUAAUCUAGAUAUUUUACAUAUCUUUUUCGAUUUUAUAAAAAAAAAUUUUAUUUUAUUAUAUAAUAAUGAGUGCCCAUCCUAUGAUACUUUAAAUAAUGAAGAACCAGAUUAUGUUUUAAAAAAUAAUACAUCCUUAUGUUGUCUAAUUAUUAACAUCCUUGCUGAAAUUUUUUGUACAUUAGAAAAACAACAAGAGAAAAAAAAUGCACACAAACAUGUUAGUAGUAACAUAAAUAUAGGGACAGAAAUAAACUAUCAAACUGAUAAAAAAGAAAAAAAACAGGGCUCAGAAUUUAUACAAAAUAAUGAACAUACACAUAAUGAUAAAACUCAACAAAAUAGUCCUAUAUAUUUAAAAAAAUAUCUUUCUUUUAUUCCGUUUAUUUAUAAUAUUUUAAAUGAUCGUCUACAUUUAAUAGACAAUUGGAGAUUAAUAAAAAUUAUAAAAUUUAUAAAUAAAUUAACAAAAUAUGAGAAUCGAAUAUAUAAAAAAUUUCUUUCUAUAAUUAUUCACAUAUUUUUUACAAAUAAAGCACAAAGUGUUGUUUAUGAAUGUUUUGAAUUUAUUUUGUUUAAUUAUAAAAAUACAUAUGAUUUGGAAAUUAAUUUAGAGAAAUAUAUUUCAAUAAAUGAAAAAAAUAUGAACAAGCAAGAAAAUAAUACAAAAAUGAACCAAAAUAUUCUGAACAGACAGGAAGAUAAUGAAGAUCGUUAUAAACAAAUAGGAAGCUUAAAUAAAAGUGAAAAUUUGAAUAAAGAGAAUGGAUAUGUACAAAAUGGAACUGAUAUAUUAUUAUGUUAUUGUUUUUCACAUUUAUUAAAAUAUUUAUAUAGUGAUGAUAAAAAUAUUGUAUAUAUAUCGACAAAAUUAUAUCGAUCUAUAUUUGCAGUACCAGAUUUAUAUAAUCUGUUUGUAAAAUAUAAUUCAAUACAAGAAUUUUCAAGACAUAUAUUUAAUAAUUUUGAACAUAAAGAUAUAACAUUAAGAAAUAAUUUAUUAUAUAUUUUAUAUUUUUUAAUCAAUAAAAAUAAUUUUGAAAAUAUUAUUUAUAAUAUACUUGCAUAUAUAUAUAAAAAUAAUGAUCAAGAAUAUUUAGAUGAAUAUAUAAAUGUAAUAUUAAAUUAUGGAGAAAAUAAUUUAAAAGAUUUAAAUAAUAUUAAUCUAUAUAUUUUUAUUUUAUUUUAUAUUUUAUGUCUUAAAAAUCAUGGAACAAAUAUUAAAAUAUUAGAUCAAAUACGUAAAAUUAAUUCUCAACUAUCUAACACACACAUAUCUACAAACUUUUUAAGUUCACUUUUUAUUAUUACUUAUGGAAAUUUUCUAAUUAGUACAAUAUUAAUUAGGAAAGAAAUAGGGGACAGUAGUUUAUCCAUUGAUACUAUCGAAAAUAAUACAAAACAUAAUUUGUCUAUCCCUUUAAUAAAUAAAAAAACAAUUAAAGAAAACAAAUUAGAUAGCUAUAAUAAAGAAAUGCAUGAAGAUAUUCCUAACCUAAGUAAUAGCACUAUUCAUAAUUUUAGUGAUUCACCAAGAGUUGAAAAGGGAACCCUGACAAGUGUUAGUAUUUACAACUUGAAUGAGACUAUUGAAAAUGAAGUUGAUUAUUUUUUUAAUAACCAUAAUGAAUGUUUGGAAAAAUAUGAUUUAUUUGAAUAUAUUAUAAGUAUAUUAAAGAUGGAAGAUAAAAUAAGUUAUUGCAAAGAUAAUACAAGCCGAUAUACUGAUAUAAAUAACAUGAAUAUAAAAUGUUUUGAAUAUUUAAUAAAUUUUAUAAGUAUAUAUAUAGAAGAAACAUAUAAAGAAAUAAAAGAAUUUAAAAGUGAUAACUUUUUAAAUAUAUUUUUUUUUUCUUUAUAUUUAUUUUUUAUAAAAUUUAGUACUAGUAGUAUAUUAUGGAAUAUAACCAAAAUUUUUAUUUUCUUUUCACAAUAUGAAAAUUAUUCUAAUCUAUCUUUUUUAUAUUUAUCUAAGUUAGAGAAAUAUAUAGAUUACUUAAUAUUUAAACAAAAUGAUAUACAAACAUUGGAUAGAUCAUUAAUUUUAAAACAUAUAUUGGCUCUUGUAAAUAGUAAACAAACUACAGACACAUCUAUCUUUUACAAUUAUUUUGAUACAAGAAUAGAAGUAGAAAAUGUAGAAACAUCUUUUAAUUAUUCAAUUCCAUUUAAAUAUAAUGAUUCUUUUUUUUUACAAACUAAUAAGCAAAACACUGAUCAAACAUCAAAUCUUCAAACUGUUGAUAAACCUCAUAAAAUAUCUAAACCGCCAACUACUGACAAUGAAUUAGAUACUUUAUUAGAUAAAGCUAAAAAAUGUAGUACCAUUUUGAAAGAAAAUAAUUUAUUAUUCCUUGCUCAUAUUAAUAAUCACUUUAAGUUAUAUUAUUAUAUAACCCAUGAUAACAUUUUACAUCUUUAUAUUGAUUGUUUUAAAGAAAGUAACAUAAAUAAUUUUGUUUUAUCUUUAUCGGCAAAUAUAAUUGAAUAUAAAACUAAUACUAACGAAGGAACAAAAUUUAAGUUGGUACAUAAUCAAGAAAGUUAUUUUUACAAGUUCAAUGAAAAUUAUUUAAAUGAAAAAAUUCAAACCAUUGAUGAUGCUCAAUCAGGAGAUAGUCCCAAUAAGAAUAUAUAUACAAAUAAAAAAGUUAUAAAAAUUGUUGAUAAUAUUACUGACAGUUUAACCAUGUCAAUAAAAAUAUCUACACAACUAACUUAUAUUAAGUUAAUAAUUAAUUAUUCAUGUAAUAUGGAAAAUUACGAAAUUCCAAAUAUCACCCUUCCCUACUUUCCUAUGGCCCCGCUUGUUUUGUCUGUGGAUGAGUUUAAGAAGAUUGACAAAAAAAAAGGAAAAUUGCAAAACAUGACUCAUGAAAUAUGCUUGGAAAGAGAGAAAAAUGUUCGAGAAGUUGUAUUUAAUUAUUUUGUUUUUUUGUCUGAACAUAUAAAUAUGUUUUUUUUUAACAUAAAAAAUGCAUAUUUAAAUUUGAAAAAAAAUAAUGAUAUCUCGGAUCUUCGUAUAAUUCUAUGCACCAAAAGGGUCGACAACCAAGACGGCCUAAUUCUACUAAUAAAUAUUCACCAUACAAAAAUAGAGCAUGCCAAAGAUGGAAACUCAAAGAGAGAGGAUGAGCUUAAUCAAAAUAAAACUCAUCUUAUCCCUUACCAAAUUGAUAUUCAAAUAAAUUUAUUAAAUUCAUUACAAGAAGAAGAUAACCUAUUUAUAGACUACUUAAAUUAUUAUUUAGCUGCUUUAUUUUCAAAAAAAAUUAACAUCGACAACUUAAUUUCAUAA